AUGGCGAGGCAGGGCGACCCGAGCGGGAAGAAGGACUACUCGACGGCGAUCCUGGAGAGGAAGAGGUCGCCGAACCGGCUGGAGGUCGACGAGACGACCGACGACGAGAACUCCGUCGUCGCCCUGCACCCGGACACCAUGGACAGCCUCCAGCUCUUCCGCGGCGACACCGUCCUGCUCAAGGGCAAGAAGCGGAGGGACACGGUCUGCAUUCUGCUUCCGGACGACACGUGCGACAAGGCCAAGGUCCGGAUGAACAGGGUCGUCAGGAAGAACCUGAGGGUCCGGCUCGGCGACGUCGUCUCCGUCCACCAGUGCCCGGACGUCCGAUACGGGAAACGCGUGCACGUGCUCCCCGUCGACGACACCGUCCAAGGGAUGACCGGAAACCUGUUCGACGCCUUCCUGAGACCCUACUUCCUUGAGGCCUACCGUCCGCUCAGAAAGGGAGACCUGUUCCUGGUGAGAGGCGGCAUGACGAGCGUGGAGUUCAAGGUCGUGGAGACCGACCCCGCGGAGUACUGCAUCGUCGCUCCUGACACGGAGGUUUUCUGCGACGGCGAGCCUGUCAAGAGGGAGGACGAGGAGAGGCUCGACGACGUCGGCUACGACGAUGUCGGCGGAGUCAGGAAGCAGAUGGCCCAGAUCAGAGAGCUGGUUGAGCUCCCGCUGCGCCACCCCCAGCUGUUCAAGUCCAUUGGUGUCAAGCCUCCGAAGGGCAUCUUGCUGUAUGGGCCACCUGGGACCGGCAAAACCCUCAUUGCCAGAGCUGUGGCCAACGAGACAGGCGCCUUCUUCUUCCUGAUCAAUGGCCCGGAGAUUAUGUCGAAGCUCGCCGGAGAAAGCGAGAGCAACCUCAGGAAGGCGUUUGAAGAGGCCGAGAAGAACGCGCCGGCCAUCAUCUUCAUCGACGAGAUUGACUCCAUAGCCCCAAAGAGAGAAAAGACCAACGGAGAGGUGGAAAGGCGUAUCGUUUCGCAGCUGCUCACUCUCAUGGAUGGGCUUAAGUCCCGUGCACACGUUAUUGUCAUGGGUGCUACCAACCGCCCGAACAGCAUCGACCCUGCUCUCAGAAGGUUUGGAAGGUUUGAUAGAGAGAUCGACAUUGGAGUCCCCGAUGAGGUCGGGCGGCUCGAGGUUCUCCGGAUUCACACUAAGAACAUGAAGCUGGCUGAAGAUGUUGAGCUGGAGCAUGUUUCAAGAGACACCCAUGGGUACGUCGGCGCCGAUCUCGCUGCCCUUUGUACCGAGGCUGCUCUCCAGUGCAUUCGCGAGAAGAUGGAUAUCAUAGACCUCGAGGAUGACACCAUUGAUGCGGAGAUACUGAAUUCCAUGGCCGUCACAAAUGACCAUUUCAAGAUUGCACUGGGGACAAGCAACCCAUCUGCUCUUCGUGAAACUAUGGUCGAAGUUCCGAAUGUCUCUUGGGAAGAUAUUGGUGGCCUGGAGAGUGUAAAAAGGGAGCUGCAGGAGACCGUCCAGUAUCCAGUGGAGCAUCCAGAGAAAUUCGAGAAGUUUGGCAUGGCUCCCUCCAAAGGUGUUCUGUUCUACGGCCCUCCGGGCUGCGGCAAGACCUUGUUGGCCAAGGCGAUUGCCAAUGAGUGCCAGGCAAACUUCAUCAGCAUCAAAGGACCGGAGCUGCUUACCAUGUGGUUUGGCGAGAGCGAGGCCAAUGUGCGUGAGAUCUUCGACAAGGCUAGGGGGUCGGCACCAUGCGUCCUCUUCUUUGACGAGCUCGACUCGAUUGCCACCAAGCGAGGAAGCAGUGUUGGCGAUGCCGGAGGUGCCGCCGAUAGGGUGCUGAAUCAGCUUCUUACCGAGAUGGACGGCAUGAAUGCCAAGAAAACCGUGUUCAUCAUCGGCGCCACCAACAGGCCAGACAUCAUAGACCCUGCCUUGCUUCGGCCUGGGCGCCUUGAUCAGCUUAUCUACAUUCCUCUGCCUGACGUUGAAUCCAGGCUCCAGAUCUUCAGGGCCUGCCUCAGGAAGUCUCCUGUGGCCAAGGAUGUUGACUUGAAUGCGCUCGCCAAAUACACGCAGGGGUUCAGCGGCGCAGACAUCACGGAGAUCUGUCAGCGUGCGUGCAAAUAUGCCAUCAGAGAGAACAUUGAGAAGGACAUGGAAAAGGAGAGGCGGCGGAAGGACAACCCUGAAGCCAUGGAGGAAGACGAGGUCGAUGAGAUCAGGGCUGCUCACUUGGAGGAGAGCAUGAGGUAUGCACGCCGGAGUGUGAGCGAUGCUGAUAUUCGCAAAUACCAGGCCUUUGCUCAGACGCUGCAGCAGUCCCGUGGUUUCGGCACCGAGUUCCGAUUCCCUGAUCGGCCGGUGGGGGGCGCUACAGCCGCGGCCGAUCCUUUCGCGUCCGCUGCCACGGCAGCUGAAGAAGAUGAUUUGUACAGUUAA